AUAUUGUUAAAAGUACACCACUUGCAUGUCAAACAAAUUUUGAAAGUCCUAAAAAAUUAGAUUAGUGUAUUGGCGUAGAGAUGAUAUUACGACCAUUGUAUAGGGCUUUUUGGCCUCGCUCUAUUGGCGAUGCAGCAUGUUUUUUUCUUAUUGCGGUUGGUGUGCCACUAACGUACAUAUUUCAAGUGACAGUUGUUAUGCCAGAGCUCCACGACGUCGGCAGUUUUUGGUAUACAACAAUUUGGCUCGCCGGCAUCUUUUUGGUCUUCAAUAUAACAUCCAAUCUGAUGGCCUGUAUGCUGGUAGAUACCUCUAUCAAGAUGCAUAUAUUGAAGCCACCCUUGGAGCCGCAUCUGCUCAAACGCUGGCAUAUGUGCGAUAUAUGCCAGGCGCUGGUACCUCCACGUUCGUGGCACUGCGAGACCUGUGAUGUGUGCGUGCUCAAGCGGAAUCAUCAUUGCCGUUUCACCUGCUGCUGCAUCGGACAUUACAAUUUUCGUUAUUUCUUCUAUUUUCUAUUCUACAUGGGACUAGGAGCGCUCUACGUUGUAAUUAAUGCCAGCAUUUAUCUCUGGUAUCUUCAUGCCGAUUAUUAUUGGCGCCCCUACACAUUAGUGACCAUCCUAGUGCCUGCUAUCAGUCUGACUGUACACGCCAGCUGGGAGAACUUUUACCUUGUUAUUUAUGAGCUGAAUAUCUUGGCAUUCGCCAUGUCCACAUUGCUGCUCAUUUUCCAUCGGCCUAUUUUCCAGCGGGGUGCCGUAAUGAAGGAGCGAUCAAGCAACGCGUAUAAUCUCGGCUUGCGUGGCAAUAUAGAAAUGGUGCUGGGCAAGCGCAUGUAUUGGACCUGGUUGUCGCCGUUUGUGCGCAGUGAGCUUCCGCACGAUGGGGUGAACUGGCUGCCACUGACGAAAGAAGAAUGAAUCUCCAUCUGCAUCAGAUACUAGUCUUAUAUCUAAGUAAUCUCACGAUCUAGCAAAAAUACGUCGAAUUUUAGUAUUACACAAUGCAUUCCUUGCAUUUAACAUUUUAUAUUUAUUGCAAAUUAUAAAAACGAAUUUAAUUACUAUUAACAUUCA